GCCGCUCGCCAGAGAGCAAGUGGUCAUGGCCCCCAAUGUCGUCUUGCUCGGGAGCGGCCGAGCCUCGUACGCGGCUGUCGGUGUGCAGGAAAAGGACUAUGAGGACGGCCUCGAGACCAUUCCGCGGCCAGUUCUGGACGAGAUCGUCGCCCACAAGCGGCGCAUCUACUGGUCACUCUUCCUCCUCGAGGGCUCCGUCAUGUGGGCCUACUACACGUGCCUCUCGGCGCAAGACUACUACCGCGCGAGCUUCCCGCACAUUGCGUUCGCCUUUCUGACGACUCCGAUUCUGACGUGGCCGCUCACGCUCGGCCAUCUCGUGCAAAUGUGGUUUGGCCUUGACAAGUCCAUCGGCAACCGCCGCAUGCGCGUCGUGCUCGGGUACGCUCUCUUCGCCGCCUGUGGCCUCGCGAUCCUCGCCCAAGACUAUCUGCAUUUGUCCGAGACGGACGGCGCGGCCAUGGUCUUGGUCUGCUUCGCGAUUGUCGGAAUCGCCCACUCGCUCGUCGAGCCCGCGUACUAUGGUAUCGCAGCGCUCUUCCCGGACGAGUCGUUCACGAACGCCGUCCAGCUCGGCAACGUCUCGGCCGGCGUCUUCAAUAUCACCGCGUCGACGCUUCUGCGCCUGCUCGUGGGCGGCGACAGCAGCACGCAGCUCGCGUUCUACCUCUUCAUCUUCCUCCUCCUCGCCGUGUGCGCGGUCGCGCUCGUGGUCUACUGUCGCCUCGAGUCGCUCCACUGCGUCAAGUACCUCCUCGACCGCGCCGACGACGACCACCGCAAGCAUGGCGACCCACCGCUGCCCGUGCUCUGGGCCAAGUUUGUACGCGUCGCGAAACUGCUUCCGAGCCCCAUGGGCGCGCAGUUCCUCCUCUUCUUUUGCUCGCUCACGCUCUUCCCGGGCGUCGGGUGCUCGUCGGCGCCAUCCGACCCGCGCUACGCCGACGCGAUGACGUGGUUUUGCUCGCCCGGUAUCGUGGGCGCCUUCAACUUUGGCGACUUCUUUGGCCGCCUCGCCUGCACCAAGCGCGUGUACGCGGCCGUCUCGCUGCGAGCGUGCGUCGCGUGGUCCUUCCUGCGCUGGGCGUGGCUGCCGCUGCUCCUCUUCGGCAUGGCCUCCAACUCGAGCGUCUAUGCCUUUGGCUCGUGCCCGCUGCUCGGCGUGUUCUGGCAAGUCGGCCUGAACUUUGGCCUCGGCUUCACCGGCGGCCUCUUCUCGACGCUCACGAUGGGCUUGGCGCCGCGCCUCGUCGCGCAGGAAGACCGCGAGGCCGCGUCCGCGCUCAUGGUCAUGUGCCUCUUCCUCGGGCUCUCGUGCGGCUCGACGAUGGGCUGGGCGCUGGAGAACAGCCACUGGCUCGGUCUGCUCUAGCACGCAUUCUUGUGUCGAUACGACUAUAUACGAACGUGUUCCGUGUUCAUUACAAAGA